GAGUUGUCAGCUGUGGAGCAGGGGACGAAGCACCGUGGAAACAUUCUUCUCUCAGAUUUUUAUUGUUUGCUUUAUUCUCCUAUUCCUGCUACGUCUGCAAUUUCUGUCCUACUGGACUCUGAGUUCUGCAGGUGAACCUGCCAACCUGAGCCAAACUAAGCAAACAUAGACCAAACCGCCUCCCAUCACAAUGGAUAUUGCCAUCCAGCACCCCUGGUUCAGACGUGCCCUGGGCUCCAUCUACCCCACGCGACUCUUUGACCAGUUUUUCGGAGAGGGAAUGUUUGACUAUGACCUUUUCCCCUACACCAGCUCCACCAUCAGCCCCUAUUACAGACACUCACUUUUCCGCAACCUUCUGGAUUCCUCCAACUCUGGGAUCUCUGAGGUGAGGUCUGACAAGGACAAGUUUACAGUCUACCUGGACGUCAAGCACUUCUCCCCCGAUGAGCUGAGCGUGAAGGUGACUGAUGACUACCUGGAGAUUCAGGGGAAGCAUGGAGAAAGACAGGACGACCAUGGUUACAUCUCUCGCGAGUUCCAUCGCCGGUACCGCCUGCCCACCUUAGUUGAUCAAUCAGCCAUCACUUGCACCCUGUCAACUGAUGGUCUGCUGACGCUGACUGGUCCAAAGCUAUCUGGAGGAAGUGAAUCUGGUCGUGGUGAGCGUAGCAUCCCCGUCACCCGUGAUGACAAACCCAAUGCUGCUCCAUCCUCAUAGACGAAAAUCGGUUCAGUUCCCCAAGAAUCUGCUAGUCUGGGAUGGACAACCAGAGAUUUCUUCUGCUACCCUUCCUAAGAGGAUACUCUUGUUCUUCUUCCUUCAUUUUUUCUAGUUCCUCUAUAGCAUCCUCAUUCAAAACUAUAGUAUCAUUGUUUUUAAGUAUAACAUAGAUCAGCCCUUAGGGGUUGCUAAGUAAGGUGCUCGAAACCCUCUUCUUUUGUCCUACCCUGUAAGGUAGUGUAGACCUUGUUCAUUGAAUAUCUGCUAAUAACAUAUAA